GGAUUCCCGUUCCCGUGCUGCGCGCGGGACGCUCGGAGAGGGCGGCGGGCCCCAGCUGAGCAGUGCCUGCCUCUGGAGCAAGAUGUCUGAGAGCAGCAGCCCCAUUCGGCUGGACCUGAGCUCCCUGCGGGGGGCGCCCCAAGAUGUCCUACACCUGCUGCCCUGUGAGGUGGAGCACAACGGCAGUGCCCCAGUGGACAGAUACUUCACCCCGGCCAUCCGCCAGGGCUCGCAGGAGAAAUCUGUAUCCUUCCGUGGCAGGAGCCUCAAGGGGCAGGAGGUGAUGGUGCCCCAAGGUUAUGUGGGGCUGGUUCUGAAGGAGGAUCAAAGGCCCUGCACAGAGAAGGAGGAGCGGACUGUGCAGCUGAAAUCAACUUUUGGGAUGCUGACAGUUUGGAACCUGGAGCAGGCUCCAAGUGCGGAUGAUGGGCUGCUCCUGGCUCUGAGCUGGCCAGGGAUCGCAGAGGCCAUCCAUGCACCAGUGUCGAGGACGGAAUAGUGAGUCCAUGGCGGAGGCAGCGGUCCCAGGACUGCUAGCCACUGGCUGCCACUGGGGUCUGCGCUGGGAUUUUUUUGGCCCCAUCACCCUGCGUGGUGGCUCCAUGCUGAGAAUACAUGGAUCUCACAAAGAUG